AUGAACUCGACAUGUCCUGCGGAACCAGAACCGGAUUACUGUUCUUUUGUCUUGGCCAAUCCAGAUAUCUCGGUCAGAAUAGCGGUGUAUGUUCAAGUCGGAUUGAACCUGCUGGCGUCUAUAAAAUUCGAGUCCAACGUUCGACUCACCCGAGAUGCUGCUCGUACUAUGUACGUUUUGUCGAUUUCGUUGGUUGGUGCAUCCAUCGUGCAGUGGAAAAUCGGUGGGCUCGGGCUGUUUGAUGCGUUGGUUGGAACCCAGCUUGCAACUCUCAUGACAGUCUUUAUGCUGUUUAAUGUCCGAUACAUAAGUUCACUCGGUCUCUCGGCCAACGUUUCAUCCACACUUUUCCUCAUGCUUUAUACGUACUGGGGCAUCCAGACAUGGUCUUUCCCUCCUUGUCCCUCCAACUCGCUCACCGUGUUUGUCCUCUUUGGUCGAUCCAUGCCCGCUACCCAGCCCGGCCUAAGAACAUUCGCAUUAAUGGUAUUUGGGAUGAUUGGAGUUGUGGCUCUGGGCAGUUUGAUCUUGUUGGUUGAUUGGAUUAGAAAGGUUUGGUCGCACGGUGGAGAGGCGGUCGCAAGGAAAAUGGAACUGUGGAUGAACAGUAAGAGGCAGAAAUACGGUAUUGGCAAAGGAAAAUUAUCACGCCUCUCCCUGCUCUCGUUCCCAAUCAUCAUCUAUCUCUUGGUCACAACCGAACAACUCGUCGCGCGCAACCAGUCCGCGCAUAACCUCACCAAUCUGGACGAAUGGACGUUUGGCCAGACGAUCGCUGUAGAGGAAAUGGACGAGACGGAUGGAGUGGAGAGCGAGAGCAAGGUCGGGUGGUAA